UGCCUGAACGCCACGGUGCGGUGGACCCACAGUUUGAUAAGCGAUUCGACCUUAUCCACAAAUAGUGGCGCAUUUCAAAAUUCAAGCGGAUCAACUUCGGAUAAAGUUUCUGUUGUUCUUACCACCGUACCAUUGGCUAUCGUCGAAUUGCACCAAUUAGCUAUAAUGGAAGAUCGCAUGUAUGCACUAUUUUUAUGUUACAGUUAUAUUGAUUUUUUACUUUUUCUUUUGGCUUACGCAUACCUCUUUUUGUAUCAAAUAUCAAUUCUUUUCUUCUACAUUGUCGCUUAUCAUAUUGGGAUUUAGACCAGACAUAGAACUGGUCGCACAAGAUCAAUGUAUACAACAGAAGCCUAUCAAUCAGAUGGGUAUGACAAUUACAUCCGGUAAUAUCAUGGUGCAGAAGGACGCCAGUAAUCUCAUCGGCAUAAGCAUCGGCGGUGGUGCACCGCUCUGUCCAUGUCUGUACAUUGUACAGAUCUUUGACAAUACCCCCGUCGCUUUAGAUGGUACUCUUCAAGCAGGCGAUGAGCUUGUGGCGGUGAACGGGGCAUCAGUGAGAGGCAAAACUAAAGUGGAAGUCGCAAAGAUGAUACAGUCUUGCGAUUCUCAGGUCAGCAUUAAUUACAACAAGCUACAUGCUGAUCCGAAACAAGGUCGCACGCUCGACAUUGCUCUCAAAAAAGUGAAACAUAGACUGGUCGAAGGUAUGGGUAGUACUACGGCUGAUGCUCUUGGAUUGUCACGAGCCAUUCUCUGCAACGAUGCCCUUGUCCAAAGAUUGAUGGCGUUGAAACGUACGGAGAAUUUCUAUAGAGGUCUAGUUACGCAUGCCAAAGCUACAUUACAUGCUUUCUUUGAUCUGACACAGAUCUAUAAAGUAUUCGGAGACGCGUUUGCUGCUAUAGGAGUACGAGAACCGCAACCACGCGCUAGCGAGGCUUUCAGACAAUUUGGCGAACAGCACAGGCAAAUGGAGAAAUUUGGUGUGACAAUGUUGAAGACCUUGAAACCAAUAUUGAGCGAUUUAGGGACGUAUUUGAACAAGGCUAUACCGGACACACGGUUGACUAUCAGCAAAUAUGCUGACGCGAAAUUUGAAUAUCUGUCCUACUGUCUAAAGGUGAAAGAACUGGACGACGAGGAGCAGAGUUGCGCUGCUCUGCAAGAGCCUCUCUAUCGUGUGGAAACAGGCAACUACGAGUAUCGGUUGGUCUUGCGAUGUCGGCAAGAAGCUCGCGCGAGGUUCGCAAAGCUGCGCUCGGAUGUGUUAGUAAAGCUCGAAUUGCUAGAUAAUAAGCACGUUCAGGAUGUAGUGUGGCAGCUGCAGAAAUUUGCGGCCGGUCUGGCCAAGUACUACGCUAGCACGCGAGAUCUGUUGUCGGCGGUGACGCUAUUCCCAGUCGAGGUCGAUUUAUCGCAUUCCGCGUUUCAGUAUAAAUCCACCGGACCGCAAACGCUGACGGAUUCGAGCGAAGACAUCGAAGAAUACGAACCAGAGGAGAAACAGUGCAUAAACGAGGAACUUCUUAUCGAUACAUCGAAUUUCUCAGCAGAACCGACGGAUAAUACAUAGCGAUAUUUACAGAAUUUUUAAAUAAUUUCGUAAGUUGAAUAAGAUGAUUUUUAUAUCACAAUCAACAAAAUACAAAGUUUCGUAAUUUAAUUCUAAUUGUCAUAUUUCACGUCGAAUGAACGAUGUAUUGUACGCAUAUAUUCCUUAAAAUCGUGAUUAGUAUAGAAUUCCUAAAUUUUUGUUACAUAUAAUAUCAUUAAAUGCAACAAUUGCAUUUAAUAUUUCUGCAUUGUUAUGUACAGUGAAGAGAGGUAGAUAGAAUAUUGUUAUUUUCAAUACAUAAUUUGCAUAUAAAAUAUAUUUUUAACAGUUUGCUUAUCUUUUUAUCUUCUAAGAUGAUAUGUUAGCAAACCAAUAAUUUGUUACCAGAUUUUGUCUAACUCAAGUGUUCUACGUCAAGUGGAAGCAGUGUUUAUUCAAGUACAAGAUUUUAUCUCUUUAAAUUAUAGAUAUUUAUAAUAUAACAAUUUGUAAAAUAAGAUAUAAUGUGAGAGAUACACAAAAGUGUGGUGUCACCAAUGUAUAUUUACAAAAAUAAAAUACCAAAAAACAUA